GCUUGCAGCCCACAAGGCCGGCUGCAUCAACAGAGGGGUGGCCAGCAGGGCGAGGGAGGCGACUGUGCCCCUCUGUGCCCCAUACGCCCCUUAGUUACAAUCACGGAACUGCCCCUGUCGAUCACCGCGUGUUUGCCCCCCUCUCCCCCCCCAACAUGGCGGCGAGCCCUCAGCAUCUCGCGCUGCCGGCGGGCGGACGUGACAUUACGCCCCGCCCCGCCGGGACGGCACACCACUUCCGUCCGGCCGCGUGGAGGGAGGGGGUUGUGCACCAACGGCUGUAACGGCUGUAACGUCCCAACCGUAACGGUAACAGCCCCCGCGCGCCGCCUGCCAUGACGCGCUGGGCCCGCAAGGCCGUCGCCGCCGAGGGGGGCAAGGCGCUGCCGGCCACCCCCUGGGAGGAGAUGGCGGCGGCGCCCCGCGGCGCAGUGGUGGCGGUGCCGGCGAGGAAGAGGAGGAGGAAGGAGUACGCGGACCGCGACGUCAACGGGUUCGCUGCCCACCUCAGGAAGGCGGCGGGCGGCGGGGCGGCGGAGGGUGAGGAGCAGCAGCAGCAGCAGGAGGACGAGGAGGAGGCGGCCGCGGCUGUGAGGAAGGCUCUGCGGCGGGAGGGCCGGCGGCUGAGGCGGCAGGAGGCGAGGAGGAACGCCAUGGUAUGUUUCCACUGUAGGGAACCUGGCCACGGUGUUGCUGAUUGCCCAGCGGUGCUUGAAAGUCAAGAUAUGGGUACAGGGAUCUGUUACCGGUGUGGAUCCACAGAACAUGACAUCAGCAAAUGCAAGGCAAAGAUAGAUCCAGCUGCUGGGGCAUUUCCGUAUGCAAAAUGUUUCAUCUGUGGUGAGAUGGGACAUCUGUCAAGGUCAUGUCCAGAUAAUCCUAAAGGAUUGUAUGCUGAAGGUGGCUGCUGCAAACUCUGUGGUUCUGUGGAGCACUUUAGAAAAGACUGUCCAGAGAACAAGAACUUAGGUGGAAAAAUGCUUCAUAAAUCUGCCUGGCUGAUGAGCUCAGCUCUUUUAAUAAAAUAUAUGGUUUUAUCUGAGCCCUCCCUUCAGAUCAGAUUACGGUUGGGCGAUGGGCCACUGGAAUGAGUGCUGAUUAUGAAGAAGUUACAGAAACACCAAAGCUGCAAAAACCCAAAGUGAAACUACCUAAGGUUGUUAAUUUCUAAAGGCCUGUGUUGGAUGCUAAGCCACAGAUCCAGCGCACUGCUGCACUUCAGAGUAGCGACUGUGUAGAGUGGACUGAACUGCAAGUUCCAGAAAAUCGAGCGGACUGUUGUUGCUACAGUUGUGUCCCUGAUUUUUUCAGUUUGCCUCCCAGACUCAUCUAGCUUACUGAAAAGCUGGGGACAUCAGAAAUGCAGCAAGCGGGUAUUUCAUUUUUAUAUAUUUUUGCAGAAAUACAGCUUUCUGUCUGAUUCACAUUCCCUCCCAUGGCUAGCUCUCCGAAGAGGGAAAUCUGAGGAGAGAAAUUGGUUUCCUCUCAUAGCAUAAAUCUGGUGUAAUAACCGCACAGGGUAUGUGGACUGUAUCACGCAGGUUUAUGACCAGUGGAUCCACCUGGUCAGUAGGGUUAACUCAAGAGUGUUGCUGUUGUUGGGUAUGAGUACAGUUCUGCUGAUCUUGAGAGUUUCUGCACCAGCAUGCGAAAGAACUUCUUCACGGUGAGGGUGACGGAGCACUGGAACAGGCUGUCCAGGGAGGUUGUGGAGUCUCCUUCUCUGGAGAUAUUCAAGGCCCGUCUGGACGCCUACCUGGGCAGCCUGCUCUAGGGAACCUGCUUUGGCAGGGGGGUUGGACCCGAUGAUCUCCCGAGGUCCCUUCCAACCCCUUCAAUUCUGUGAUUCUGGGAUUUUUCUGAAAGCGAUUGUGGGUAUUUUCUAAACACUCUUGUUGGUUUCUAGCUUGGUUUGCCUUCUAGAAAGAGUGAUUUUGUGCUCUGAAUGUAUACACCUGACCUGUCUUACAGCAGAGUUAUCGGGAAAGCCCUACAGAGCUGUGUGAGUCCUGCCUUCUGACUGGAGAGCUUAGGGGUGCAAUUCCUUUUGUGCGUGGUAGAUCAGCUCAGGGUGUAUGUGCAUGAAUCUGAUGGUUCAUGCAUGUUUAAUUAUUUGAGCACUUCUGCACUAACAAGCUGAAUUAUGCCCUUCCUCUGAUACCCAUCAUGAAAUACACCUGAAAAUAGUUGGAGAGCAAAUGAGCAGCUUCCUUAGUUUGUGUACUUUUUUAGAGAAAGUGCUCAGAAAUCUUGUUCUUCAGUAUUUCUGUCCCUUUGGGUUUUAUUCUUUGUUUUAUUUAAACAUGCCUGCUUAAUGGCAGACUUAUUUAUUUUUAAAUGGAGGCUGCAGCCUGCACUUGGAAAACUGGUAUGUGUUACAAAAGUCACUCAAGCCAAUUGAGAAUGGAGUGCCUGCAGCAGCUCUCAAAAUACUCUCCAGAUUCAUCCUGUGCAGUCAAGAGUGAUAGACUUUUACUUGUGUCAAAUUAUCUCAUCUAAGAUGAGAAAUUAACCCCAAGCUCAUCUCACCAUGCUGCUUUUCAUUGUGAAGCAGUGUCCUGUCGCAGCAUUGGCAGGUGCCGUUUGGGAUCUCUGUGCAGUGCUCCUUCCCUGUGUAGGUGUGGGCUCAAGCGCCUGCACCAUUGGGCUUCCUCAUGCUGCACUUCUGCAGUGCUGCCCCAGGACAAAUGCGGCACUUCGGUGCUCCACAAGUCUUACAAGUGCCUUCUAACAACUUCAGCUUGCAUUAUAUCGUGAUCAGCAACAGUCUUUGAGGGAAAGCUAGAUGAUGAUAAAGCUGUUGCUUCUAAAGAAUUAAUUUAACCUUUAAAUAAAUGUCCUAACAGCCCAUACACUGCCCUGUCGAGAAUGUGAAGGUAACAACAAACCUGAGUUCAGAUUUGGGUUUCGAGAUGCUUAGCACCAGGCACUGAAGCUAUGGAUUUGGAAUUUACGUUUAUUAAAGCAAAAACAAAUAACAACAACAACAACAAAAUAAAACAGGAAUUUAAUUGUCUCAAUACAUGUUUUGUAUACGCACUGUUUUUUUUAAAUAAAAUGCUGGUAAAG